AUGAAUGCCACAAAGUUUGUUGUGCUUUUGAUCUUUGUGGGAGUUGUGUGUGCCAAUGUUGGCGCAAGGCAGCUCGAGGAAGUGUCCAAAGAGACAAAAUUAGGCAUCUCUAUUCCCAAAACUGUCACUACCAACGGCUUAGGAGCUGAGCUUGGCACCGUUAUUGUUGACACUUAUGCCACCAAUAACGAAAAUUCCGAUGCUAGUGCCGCUGCAGGUCCCCGUGGUCCCAGCGCAGACACAUCUGGAAGCGUCUAUAAAUCUACAUAUGGAUAUGUCCGUGCAGAAGGUCCCAACGCACGCGCUGAUUCUAUCAGUUACGCUGCCGGUGGCACCACUUCUGGUGCUGCAGCGGGUCCCAAUGGUGCUGGGGGCAGUUCAACAGCUCAGGGAGUUGCAUACAGCAAUGGUAGCGGCGACACCGACUAA